AAAAAAAAACAUAUCCAUUACAAGAUUAAAGAAAAACUCAUGCUUAUGCAAAUUUCUUCUCAAUUUGUUGAAUCAUGAGAUUUGCUAGUUUAUUUGUGGUUUCUUGUAUUUUCAUUUUCCUUGUUAUAAACCAUGUCAAAGAGGUCAAAGCUGUGCAAUGUGAAAUUAUCGAGUGGUUCGAUGAUAAAUGUGGUGCUGAUGGAAGCAAGACAUGCAUAGAUCACCUUAUCAAAGGGCACAUAUAUGACUUUCCUCGUUGUGAUUGCCUUGACGUGAAGCCAUCAGGAAUUUUGUGUACAUGUUUACAUCGUCUUCCUUGUGUAGAUCUACCAUAUAUGCAUAAAAAAUAAAUUAAUUAAGUGAUAAACUUGUAAUCUACUA